UUGUAAAUGGUCAAUUCUAUAAAUCAAGAACGAGGUGUUGAAAUUUGGUUUAAAAUGAAGGGGUUUUUUUGUAACUUGUUAAAUUUUAGUUACACGCGAGGAGCAUGUAAUUGGGUCACUUGUCUUCUCCAAUCGGAAUCUCACCCUGGCAAAAAAAAUGGCGAUGUGGGUAUUCGGGUACGGAUCUCUGAUUUGGAAAACGGGUUUUCCUUUCGACGACCGUCUUCCUGGUUUCAUCAAAAACUAUCGCCGUGUUUUCCACCAAGGCAGUACUGAUCACAGAGGAACUCCUGAGUUUCCGGGAAGAACAGUGACAUUAGAGCCUGCACCUGGAGAACUCUGUUGGGGAGUUGCCUACAAGAUAACCAAAGAGGAAGACAAAAGAGAUGCUUUAUUACAUUUGGAAGUGAGGGAGAAGCAAUAUGAUCAGAAGGAGUAUCUUGAUUUCUUUACAAACCUUAAUGAUUCAGAAGCAGCUGUAUCAGGAGUGAUGGUAUAUAUAGCUUCUCCUGACAAGAAAAGCAACAACAACUACUUAGGACCAGCUUCUCUUGAAGACAUCGCCAAACAGAUAGUAAAGGCGAAAGGGCCUUCCGGGCCAAACAGAGACUAUUUAUUCGGCCUUGAAGAGGCUCUUGUUCAACUCGGUUUUAAGGAUAAGCAUGUCACAGAUCUUGCUACACAUGUUAGGCUCAUUCUUUCAGAGACUCAGGAUGCCGCCACCAAGGAUGUCUAGACUCCCUUUUUUCUUUACCCGAAAAGAACAAAACUGAAAUCGAGAAGAGAUGCUGCUGCAUUGCAUUGCAUCCCAUAUUCAGUGUGUUAUUGCUAUCAAUCAACUCUAUUCUUAUUCAUAUAUAAUCACGUUGUUGGGAAUAGUAUCAAUAAAAGGUUGUUCAGUGAUUCAGAAUAUGAUUCCUCUAGACGUAGGAGAAUUUGUGGAAUCACACACUAAUCACUGUAUCUGAUGACAUUAGUUGAUAGUUGAUAUGCUUAAUAUUCAUUCUAAUCUCUAGUUUUUAUUUUUUAUUUUUUGAAUUCAACUUUAGUUUCAAAUUCCACUUGCCACAGUUGAUAUGCUUAAUAUUCAUUCUAAUCUCUAGUUUUUUUUUUUUUUUUUUGAAUUCAACUUUAGUUUCAAAUUCCACUUGCCACAG